CCCAAUCCAAUCGAUCAAUUUUCUCACGAAUUCUAUUUAUAUUUAUAUAAAUAUAUAUGUGUAUAAUAUUCUAGAUGAUGAGGAACUAGACCUUCAGUAUAAAUACGAACAAAUGAAAGAACAAUUACACAGUCAAACUAUCGAAUUGGAGAAAGCCAUUAAGGAAACGCAAAGCCUUAAAAUUCAAAUAUUAAACCAAAGUACUUUUUGCGCGAGUUUAGGAGCAGUAUUGGGAAAUUUAGCAUGGCGUGCUUCUAGAUUUCCAGAAAUUGUCGAUAUUUGGUUAUCAGGUCUUCAGAAUAAAGUAAGAGAGUUCCUGUCGAUAGUAAGCGGAAGUUUUGUGGCAUUUAUAAGCACAUACGAGACUGGUAUACCGCCAACUAACAACGUCGAGUAUCAGUUUGUGUUAGGACUAUUGGGUAUUGUCACAAACAUAUCAUCUAUUCCUAAAGGGAGAGAAUUUCUUAUUACAAAUCAAAAUGGCAAGGAUCUGGUUGAAAAAAUUAUCAAAUUUAUGCCUAAUUUCUUUCCAGUAGCAUCGGGAACGCAUUCAUUAAUAAGAUUAAUGCUGAUGAUAUUGUAUAACGUGAGCAUGAACAAUACCGGUUUGAGCUACUUGUUCGAGUUUCGUGUAGCUGAAGUUUUAAGUAACUGCUUAAAAGAAGAUACUAUAUCGGAAGAAUUGCAACUUUUAUGCUUGCGCAUUCUUCAAUCAAUUACCUAUGAUCUUAAAGAUCCUAAAUAUAUCGAGGACCUUACCACAUCGAUUUCUAUUAAGAAUAUCAAGAGUAUCGUUGCCAAUGAACAAAGUGAAACUUAUUCUGUAGCUAAAGAAGUUAUUAAACAAUUGCAAGAGUUAUUAAGAUUUAAACAAAUUUAAUGAAUAAAAAAACAAUUGAAAACAA